AUGUCGGCCGAAAGGGUUUUAUCCCGGGUGAGGUCUGUCUUCAGAAGGGAGCCCGCAGACUGCGUCUUUAACGACACGGCCGCCUUUGACUUCUCCGACGAGCUGGAGGACGAGGAGAUGCCCAAAUUCAACAAGCUCAAAGUGGUAGUGUCCGGGGAAAUGGAGCAUCGUCCGGAUGCCGCGGAAGGCGAAGCCACCGGCUCCAGAGCUGCUGACUGGGAAGACGAUUCUCUGAUGGGCAGAACCGGCAGCCCCGCCGUACGUGCGCAGCCCUGCGACGCCUGCAGCCAGUCCGAAGAAGCUGCCAAGAGGAGCAGGGUGAUCAAAAGACUGGGACUGGCGGCAGUCCUCUAUUUUCUUUUUAUGGUGGGAGAACUCAUAGGUGGUUAUGUCGCUAAUAGCCUAGCGAUUAUGACCGAUGCGCUUCACAUGCUAACGGAUCUCAUCGGUGUUAUUGUGUCCUUGCUUGCGCUGCGGCUGUCCGCAAGACUUCCCACAAAAAGGUUCACCUUCGGAUUGCACCGUCUAGAGGUCGUCUCCGCCGGCAUCAGCGUCUUGCUCAUCUACACGCUGACCGGGGUGCUCUUGAACGAGGCCGUCCAGAGGACGCUCCACCAAGACUUUGAGAUCGCCGGAGACGUCAUGCUCAUCACGGCGGCCGUGGGGGUCGCGGUCAACCUCAUAAUGGGCUUCCUGUUGAAUCAGUCGGGGCACCUUCAUUCUCACUCCCACCCCCAGCAUGGCGAGACGCCCUCCCCCGGCAGCCCCCGUCAGGGCAGCCUCGCUGUCCGGGCGGCGUUCAUCCACGCUCUUGGAGACCUGGUGCAGAGUGUGGGCGUGCUCAUAGCUGCCUACGUCGUGCGCUUCAAGCCGGAGUACAAGAUUGCAGAUCCCAUUUGCACGUACAUUUUCUCGGUACUUGUCCUGUUCACAACCCUGCGAAUCAUACGGGAUACGGGGAUCAUCAUACUUGAAGGGGUGCCGAGACACCUGGACGUGGGGCUGAUCAGAGAGGCCCUGCAGAACCUGGAGAACGUGCAGUGUGUGGAGGAGCUGAACGUGUGGGCGCUCACAGCAGACAAGACUGCAGCCAUGGUGCACCUACAGCUCACACCAUCUAGUGACCACAGGUGGGAGGACGUACAGGUCAAAGCCAGGCGCCUCCUGGUGGAUACGUACGGCUUCUACAAGUGCACGAUCCAGCUGCGGAGCCAUGGGAGCAGCGCCCCCAGCACGUGCUCGACCUGCACCCGCCUCAGUGCCACACAGGAAGUCGCCUAGACACACACUGGCAUAGAGCUUUUACCUCUCUGCUUUUAAAACUGUGACAGUGGUGAAUUCUUCCGUUUACGACAGGGGGCCUUAAUUCUAUCAAGACUACCGAAUGUCAUGAAGGUAUUUGUUUUGUUUUUUAUAUAUGUGUAUAUAUAUAAAAAAAACCUUUUAAACAAGCAGGUGCCUUAAUCAUAAUUUUUUGUCAGAUGUGUCUCUUUUACAUUGAAUCCUUCACACGUCAGCAUUUUUUAUAUUUUAAUGGUGUUGGUGUUAUUGCCGACUGUUAAGCUUUAGUUUUCUGUAGAAGUCCAGGCACCUGUUUACUCUCCUUAUCUCUGCACCUUGACCUCUAGCCUGCAUCACGGCACAAUAACGGGCGUUACCGCCAUCACUGGCGACGCAGACGGCUGCCGUGUUCUAUUGUCCCUGUGGGAAGAACGGCGCUGGGGUGUCAUAGUGCGGAGGCAGGACAGUGUGAUUAAGGGAGGGGCGGGGGGUGUGGGGUGGUCAUCAUGCUUACGGUGCCGCUGGUCUGUUAUGGUGCCCGACUGAUCCUGCACUAGCAGGGCGUGAGACACGCUGCAGCGACACCUCAUGGCGAACUAGAGGAUGAUGGCAACUGACGCCUUUGUGGACUGCGAUCUGUAACACUACAUACACGUUACUCUGCACGCACACACACACACACACACACACACACACGGCUGUGGUUCCUUUGUCAGCCACUGCCGUCCACACUGCCCCCUCGUUUAGCUCUUUUUUGUCCCAGCUUUGGUGUCCCUGAGUGACUGCAAACCCUGUUGUCAGUUCAGUCCCAUCUCCCCCCCCACCUGCAGGGCGGACAGAUUAACUCCCUAAGUGGGUCACAUGACUAAUAAGGCAGCAGUUUGUGGGCGUGAAUCCUCAGAAUCUAUUAUCUGUAAUAUAUACUCUAAUUAACAGGUUAUGGUGUGAUCAGCAGUAUUUAAUAACAACUUGAAAAUACUGGAAUAUUUUCAUACAUUUUGAGAUAAGCUAUGUCUUGUUUUUUUUUUUGUUCAUAUUUUUCCAUCCGUCGCAUCUUGUGUAGGUGACAGCGGUGUUUUUAACAUCGUGCCAUGUGUAAGACCUGUGGACCUGAUGCUGUGACUGGGUUGCCAUGGCGCUGUACGAUUGUAUUUGUCAGUUGAAUAAAAUACCUUUUCUGACCAACAAA